UCCCGUUACGGUCUACAGGUUCUUGCACGCUGCAAACAGCGCAAUCUCGACUUCUCCACAGUCCGAUUUCACAAUGUUCCCGUCAGCAGAUUGUUGCGUCAGGAUCGUUCCUACGACAGAUUGUGGGACUAUUACGAAAAACAUGUCACUAUCAUGACUCCAUUUCAAUGCACUGUUUUAAAAGGACUCGACAGUACCGUUUGCCUUCUUCUGAAAAACGGAUUCCAGAAGGGUAGUCUCCUCGAUCGGUGUAUCUGGAGAUGUCUACUUUUCCUCAACGUGCAAAUCGACGAGCCCGAACAUGAAGCCGACGAAAAUAAUCACUCCUUCGACUGCGAACAUAUUGCAGCUGCUACCGGGCUUCUAACGGUCAUGGUGCGCUAUAGAGGGGUCUCCGUUGUCGAAGCCCACCCCUAUGGACGGAAGCGUCGUCUCUAA